GAUGCCUAGUUGAGUGAGAGCAGGCCAGAUCCUUGGAAGGGGGUGGGAGACCGUCCCCUCAAGACCUACGCACACACUUCUGGAAGCGCAGGUAGGGGAGCGCAACGGGCCAGGAAUGCAGCCAAGUCCCAGGACAUACUAGCAGCAGUAGCCGGAGCGGGGGUGGGAGGGUCCCGGGCACAGGGGGACAAUGUGGCCUUGGAAAAAGGAGGGUACCUGCUCCCACAACUGGCGGGAUAAUUGGCCUGCCGCCGCUUCCCCCAGGCCCCAAGUGGACAGCAGGCCGGCAAGGCUGGCCCAAUGCCAGCGCCUAGGGCGGAAAGCAGGAAGUCAACCCGCGGGCGCGGCCCCUGGGUGCCGUGCUGCAAGUGCUGCCUGGGGUGGCUCAGGUGGGCACCUGGUACACUGGAGGAGGGCCCCUCUGAAGCGGUCCAGGAUCCUGCACAUGGCACUGACCGGGGCCUCUGAUGCCUCUGGAGAGGCUGAAGCCAACAGGGAGAAGCCCUUUCUCCUGCGGGCUUUGCAGAUCACAUUGGUAGUCUCUCUCUACUGGCUUACCUCCAUCUCCAUGGUGUUCCUUAACAAGUACCUGCUGGACAGCCCCUCCUUGCAGCUGGACGCCCCUAUCUUUGUCACCUUCUACCAGUGCCUGGUGACCACACUGCUAUGCAAGGGCCUCAGCACACUGGCCACCUGCUGCCCAGGUACUGUGGACUUCCCCACCCUGCACCUGGACCUCAGGGUGGCCCGCAGUGUCCUGCCCUUGUCAGUGGUCUUCAUUAGCAUGAUCACCUUCAAUAACCUCUGCCUCAAGUAUGUCGGUGUGGCCUUCUACAAUGUGGGCCGCUCGCUGACCACUGUCUUCAACGUGCUGCUCUCCUACCUGCUGCUCAAACAGACCACCUCCUUCUAUGCCCUGCUCACCUGCGGCAUCAUCAUCGGUGGCUUCUGGCUUGGUGUGGACCAGGAGGGAGCAGAGGGUACCCUGUCCUUGACGGGCACCCUCUUUGGCGUGCUGGCCAGCCUCUGUGUUUCACUCAAUGCCAUCUACACCAAGAAGGUGCUCCCGGCAGUGGAUGGCAGCAUCUGGCGCCUGACCUUCUACAACAAUGUCAAUGCCUGUGUCCUCUUCCUGCCCCUGCUGCUGCUGCUCGGGGACCUGCGGGCCCUGUGGGACUUUGCCCAGUUGGGCAGCGCCCACUUCUGGGGAAUGAUGACACUCAGCGGCCUAUUUGGCUUUGCCAUUGGCUACGUGACAGGACUGCAGAUCAAGUUCACCAGUCCCCUGACCCACAAUGUGUCGGGCACUGCCAAGGCCUGUGCCCAGACGGUGCUGGCUGUUCUCUACUACGAGGAGACCAAGAGUUUCCUCUGGUGGACGAGCAACAUGAUGGUCCUGGGGGGCUCCUCCGCCUACACCUGGGUCCGGGGCUGGGAGAUGAAGAAGACUCAGGAGGAGCCCAGCCCCAAAGAGGGUGAGAAGAGCAUGUUGGGCGUGUGAGCUCCUCCAGGGCCCCUGGAUGGCCCAGCCCUGGGAGGAAUACUUGGGGCCAGCGCAGCAAUGAUGUCUGUCCCUGUGGACCCUAUGCUGUGUUGUGGACUGGAUAUUGCUCACAGACCUGAUCAGAAUGCAGUGGUUGAAGAGGAACCAGUGUUUUCAAGUAAUAUCAGAAAGUUACCAAAACUCUCUCUACCCUCUUUCCAAUUUCAGGGUGUUUGUCCUUCCCUAGGAAGCACCCCAGUGAGAGCGACACCCCUUCUUGCCCCCGCCCAGGGCCUGUCUACCUCCACAUCACUCUUGGGGUGGGGGUGAGAUGCAACUCUUAAGGGACAGUAUUGGCAUAGCCAUGAAGUCUUCACUUAUACUCAGGGGAGAUGGGGUGUGAUACCACCACAGCCAACUGAGGCGAGUCAGGAAACCUUCCAUCUCUAGCAGACAGGCAGCAUAGCUUUGGCCCCACAAACCAGGCUUCCUUCAGAGGAGCGUGUGGGCUGGGAAAUGAAGGAGUGCCCUCUGAGACCAACAGACCCGGGGGUUGCUAGGCAGGGAGGGCCUGGGAAUGGGGUGGAUCAAGAGAAAGGGCCUUCCACCUGCACCCUGUAGUUCCAGCUUUUGAACAUGAGAAACCGCACACUCUUACAGACUAAGCUGGGUCAUUAACAUCUUCCAUACCUGCCUGGUUUCUCUGCCCCAGGGAGAAACUACCUCUCUGGUCUCCCACCUGCUUCUCCCAUCUCCCAAUUUACAUCCCCCUAAGCCUUCAUCCCCAGGAGGGGCUAAUGGAACAAGGGUCAGGGGCUCAGAGUCUCCUGCAUCAGCUGUGCCUGGUCCCCAGAUUCCUGGGGAGGUGGGGAUGAGAACCAGACUCUGAGCCUCUUUCCUUGUGAAGGUGAUAAAUACAUUUCCAUUCUUCUCUGAAGUUGGGGCUGCAAGAACCUGCUUGUCCCCAGUCUUAGUUUAGCAGGCCCCUAUAACAAAAUGCCAAGGACUGGGUGGAUUACAAACAACAGGAAUUUAUUCCUUACAGUGCUAGAGGCUGGGAAGACCAGCAGAGUCUGCUGGGGGCCCGUUGCCUGAUUCAUAGAUGGUGCCUUCUUGCUGUGUCCUCACAUGAUAGAAACACAAAUGAGUUCCCUCCAGCUUCUUACAAGGGCACUAAUGCCAUUCACGAGGGCUCUUCCCGUAUAAUCUAACCACCUCCUGUACCAUUACCUUGUGGGCGAGGAUUCCAACAAUGUACUGGGGAGCCACAAACAUUCAGACCAUCGCCCCCUCACCACACUCUCCUGGCCUCAGGGUGCCUUUCACUCUCCUUGUCCCUUCUGGGGGACAUUUUGUACCUCCUAUCUCCUUGUGGUGAUUUGUGAUGUUUUUAGUCUUAAUGAAAAGCUGGGGAGAGUGGGUCUUCUCCCCACCUUGCUUCCAGCCCAGCACAAUCCCAGGUGGUUUCUAAUGCAGUUAGUGAGGCCUGAUUCCCUGAGUUGUGUAAUUUAAUAAAGAACCAGAGCAAGACA